AUCUUUCAAACUCUCAACCAUGCUUAACUAGUUCUCAUGAAAUGCAUGUAACUAGUGAUGGAUCUGAUGAUAUAGAUAAAGAUACACUCCCAAACUCAUCUUCAAUAUUACACUCUAGUGUUUCCGAGAUAUCAGAACAUGUAGCAACUACCCGAGGUGAUGAUACUGAGGUUCGCAUAGAUGUGGUGGAUGAAGAUACAGAUGUAGCUACUAGUUUGAAUUUGAUUAAGCAGCAAAGUGGUUCUGGGGAUUGCUUAAAUGUUCCGAGUUCAAAACAAGAUCUUGAGAUGAAUAAUUCUUCUUCAGUAAACCUCAAUUCUACAUUGCUGGAAGCUGGUAAUGUUUUCUCUAGCCCACCACCAAAAGAUAGGGUUCUUAAGUAUACUUUCCAGAGAAAACGGAAGAAGGAGUCCGUAAGUGGUGAUGAUAGCAGUUUGCACCAGGAGAGUCCUUUUGAAAAGAAUUACUGUAAAGAAGCAGGAUGGUGAUCUUGAGCCCCCAGAAUCUAGUGCUGUGUCUGAAACAUCGCGAGAUAGUCGAAGGAUGGCACAAGUGGCACGCCAGCUCAUAUCGCUGUCUGAGAAGAAGUGGUGGAAGUAGUUAACAAGUUUGUUGCUUGCUGAAAAACCAAAGCCUAAGAAGGUUACGUGAAUUUAGAUGGAACAACCUUUCAACGUCAUUGUUGAUGUGAAAUUAGCACCUGAUUUAACAACCACAGCGGCUGCUGCUUCUAUAGAGAGGGAUAGAGAGAGCUGCAAAUUAGCUCAGAUUAAUUAAGUUUCCGUGUCACAUUCAAUAAAGUAAUGUUCUUA